CCACAUGCGCCCGUACACAUCUACCGUUGAAACAGCCACCUCUGCCCUUUUAAUCAAACACUUUUACAGUCAGUCACAAUCACCUUCAAAUUCAAUCACUUCGAAGCUCUCUCGUGAAACAAAUUCACCUCAAUCUGUUUUGAAUUCGAUCUCUCUACAAACCCCCAAUUGUCAGCCCCCCCCCCUUUCAAAAAAUUAUUAUUUUUAGGGUUCUUGAGUUUGAUCCGUUCAUUAUUGCAAUCCCAAGUGCCCCACCUGCUUGAUUGAUCCGUUCGCGUGAUUUUUCGGAUGGUUGUGGGAUACUUAUAGUUAUAUUCGUUUGAGGAAUGGGAAGCAGUGAGAUGGAUGAUUCCGCCAAGGAGGCGAAAGACGCAACAAAGGAGUCAAAGACAACAAAUUCUCAAGAGCAGACUUCAGUAACUGCCAAGGGUACAGUCAAUCCAGAUUGGACUACGUUUCAGCCUUAUCCUCAUAUGCCUCCACCUGGGUUCAUGGCAUCAAGCCCUCAAGCUCACCCCUACAUGUGGGGGGUUCAGCAUAUUAUGCCGCCUUACGGUACUCCACCUCAUCCAUACGUUGCCAUGUAUCCCCCUGGUGGCAUUUAUGCUCAUCCAUCCAUGCCUCCGGGGUCGUAUCCUUUCAGUCCAUACGCAAUGCCUUCUCCAAACGGUGUUGCUGAAGCUUCUGUGAAUACGCCUGGCGAUACGGAAUCCGAUCGCAAGUCACCGGAUGGAAAGGAAAAACUUCCUAUUAAAAGGUCGAAAGGAAGCUUGGGCAGUUUAAACAUGAUUACCGGCAAAAAUAAUGAACCAAACAAAGCGGCUAAUGGAGUUCAUCCCAAAAGUGCCGAGAGUGGAAGUGAAGGUUCAAGUGACGGUAGUGAAGGGAAUUCUGAAAAUGAUUCACAAAUGAAAUCGGGAUCAAGGCAAGAUUCUAUUGAAGCCACAGGUGAAAACGGAAACUCUGCAAAUGGGCCUCUUCCUGUGGUCAAUCAAACGGUGCCUGGUCCCACCAACUUAAAUAUUGGUAUGGACUACUGGAACGGUACGAAUCCGUCUGCAAUGGGCGGGAAGCUUACUUCUGCUCCGGUUGUAGGGGGAGUGGUCCCCGCUGUGUCAAGGGACAACAUGCAGCCGCAACUCUGGCUACAGGAUGAAAGGGAGCUAAAAAGGCAGAGAAGGAAGCAAUCGAAUAGGGAAUCUGCUCGUAGGUCCCGACUGCGCAAGCAGGCAGAAUGCGAUGAGCUGGCCCAACGGGCUGAAGCUUUGAGGGAAGAAAAUUCUUCUCUAAGAGCAGAAGUGGGCCGCCUUAGGAGCGAGUAUGAUCAGCUUCUUGCUCAAAAUGCAUCCCUCAAGGAACGACUAAGCGAAAUCCCUGGGCGAGAAGAAACGACAUCUGGUGUGAAUGAACAACAAGCGGGCAACGAAGAUCAUCAGGGAGGGCAGAUAUAACUUGUGCAGGUCAUCAAUGAAGCUCUCUGGCUGUCCCGAGAGUAUAAUCUAACGACGAUUAGCAAACAAGAAAAUAUGUGUUUUUACAUAGCCGGACCACCAUCUAGUUAAGGAUUCAUCAAACACUGACCUUGUCUUUUUUAGAUUAGCUGGAUAACUAUCAAAUUAAUUAUUGUCAUCCAUCAUUCUCGAUCGACCCAUCUUUUAAGGCCCGAGGAACCCGGAUGAAAUGUAGACUGUAGUGUGAGAUUAAUGCUAUGCCCUUGUAUUCCUUAAAUGGGUUUUGGCAUUUUAAUUAUUUCAUCAUAUUGAACCGAUUUUAUGUAUUUUA